AUGAGCAACCGUGAAGAAAGAGAGGCCGAAGAUCUCUACGAAAGGGAGAACGAUCCUUCACCCGUCCCAGGCGGCGAGGCAGACAACUCAUACGUCGGCGAGACAAACCCUAACUGGAGCAAUAUUGUGCCAGUUCAAAACGAUGAAGCCGACUACGAUGACCCGAUGCAACCACCGUACUCAAACUCGGAUGAACAGUUGGCACAGGAUGAACGUGAAGCAAUCGACCAGUCCAACGUUCUCGGAGGAGAUAGAUUGCGACACGCCAAGCCACGCACAACGAACGCAUACAACGAAGGCCCUGGUGAGGACGACCUUCCCACCGCUGUGAGUCAAGGUCAAACGGGUCGGUCCGCCACAGGUCGAGCGGUCGAGUAG